CUCAGUACAACUACUUGUCUACCUCAGUUCAAUCACUGUUUAAUUCAGACAUCGGGAAAUCCACUGCUUCCACUUAGGAUGAGAAUUUUCUUCAGGACGACCUUUAUGGUCAUCCUUAGUGCAGUAGUUUCCGUCCCGGAUGUUGUGGCCAUGCAGAGUGAUAUGCACCUGUUUCACACGCAAUGUGAAUGCAUCUACCGUGGCCUUCAAGUGGACGAUAUACGUUUGCGUUAUGCUUAUGACGGUACUACUAUCAUGUACUAUGACAUGGGACUUAAGAGGUACGUUGCAGCCCAGUCUAUAGCACAAGCUGAGGUUGACAGGCGCAACUCGGAGUCAGAUUACGUUGCAUCGGUUCCUCGCCGUAUUGAGAGCAUCUGUGAUGAAAUCAAACAAGCAGCUAGAUCAAGCAACGUCACCCUGGAUAACACUGCUCCGACCUAUACCAGAGCCUUCACUCAGAAGAAACUGGGCCAAACGUAUCUGGUAUGCACAGCCAGAAACUUCUUCCCCCGUGACAUUAAGGUGAGCUGGGUCAGAAAUGGGGCAGUCGCCGACCAUGGAUCAGACACAAUCGACAUCGUCCCUCAAAUCGACGGGACCUUUCAAGUCAGGAGCGUCCGUCCACUGAAUGGAGACAGCAGCGCGUACUUCUGUCAGGUGGAACACGAGGCCAUCGGCGAGAAGCUCCUGAUACCUCUAGAACACAACGUAUCAGUUGCGAAUGAAGCUUUGAUCAUUAUUGGAGCUGUUCUGGGAAUACUAGGAAUCUGCGCAAUGGUGGUGACUGCAAUACUGUACUACUGCCUCUUAAAAGGUGUUAAAACACUGGGGAUUCAUCCAACAGCAAAGUUCAACAACCAGGCAGGACUGUGUCGAAUGAGCACGUGCACUGCUAGUGUGCGGUCCACUGAGUCGAACACCUCCAAUUCCAGUGGCAGUUCAGCUGAUGGAUUGACUAAAACUUCCACAUAAGAAUGUAAAGUUGGACUCAGGCAACUUGGGAAAAUUUGCUGUUUUUAAACCGACUCAAAAGGAAUUUUUUUCCCUUUGUGACUUGUCUGAAGAUUCUUCCACUGCGAUUGAGAUCAGUCAUAAACAUUGUGUUGUAAAAUAACACUAUUUCUGUGAAAAUCAUUACUAAUCAAUAAGAUUAGUUUACUAGAUCAAAUAAAGAAAUGAAUGAAA